AUGCCGGGGCCCUGCGGCGGCCACGAGCUGAGCUUCUUCUACAACGUCACCUCCGGGCGCUGCGAGACAUUCCCCUACAGCGGCUGCGGGGGCAAUGCCAACCGCUUCGGGACGCGGGCAGCGUGCCGCCGGGCGUGCCUGGGCCACGAGAAACCCAAAACCGGGGAGUGUCCCGUGGUGCUGCCGGAGCUGGAGGGGCCGUGCCGGGAGGAGUGCGAUGGUGACAGCGACUGCCCCAAUGCGCUGAAGUGCUGCAACAGCAGCUGCGGCCUCCAGUGCCUGCCUGCAGUGCCAGCCCGGAAGGAUGGAUUCUGCCCGGCCAGCGCAGGGCUGUUCCCCAGCUACGACUGCAGAGAGUGGUGCCGGCGUGACGCCGACUGCCCCGGCGAGGAGAAGUGCUGCCUGCAGGGCUGUGACUACGUGUGCCUGCGUCCAGCCCAAGAGAAACCAGGGAUCUGCCCCCUGAGCGAGCAGGCUGCGGGGUCCCAGUGCCAGAACCCCUGUGCAGGAGACGGGCAGUGCCCAGGGAAUGAGAAGUGCUGCAGCAGCAGCCGAUGUGGCCAUGUCUGCAUGGUCCCAGAGCCAGACAAACCUGGGCAGUGCCCAAAGGUGAGGCCACAGCUGACAUCAGAGCCAUGUAUGGAGGAGGAUUACUGCCUGCACGACCGGGACUGCCCCAGGCAGGAGAAGUGCUGCUUUUCCGGCUGCGCCAUGCACUGCUCCCGCCCAGCCAGAGGUGAGGGCAGGCGGCUGGGCCCCAGCUGCACCACGGGCAAGGAGCAGCAGUACCAGUAG